GGUGCCCGCUUGCGCGCUCCAUGCAACCGUGCAGGGCCCGUCGCGAUGGUGCCAGCGGGCUGUGGCGCGCGGGCCUCUCGGAGCAGGCGGCGCUCGCCGUGAGCUCGGACUCGGAGUCCGCCCGCUCGCGCUCGCCCCGGCGCUCCCGCGGCGGCGCGGCGCACGCCGUGGCGCUCGAGGUGCUCUCCAGCGGCGACGAGUCGCCCAGCAUCGGCGCAGCCGCGGCUGGCGCCAUUGCUCCAGCCAGCGCGUGCCUCGGCCUGGAGGGCGAAGGCGGCCCCUGCGCCUUCGCGCGCGGCGGGCCCGGGCCAGAGGGGGCGCUGCCGUCCGUGCUGAGCCUGCUCGGCGCCACCCGGCGUGGCGGGCUGCCCGCCGCCGCCUGGCAGGUGCUGCGGCCAGGCCGCGGGCGCGGGCGCGGGGGCGGCGGCGCCGCGGGGAGGGGCAAGGAGAAUUGUGCUCCGCGCGCCCGUGCCGACGAUGCGGAGCUACCCAGCGAGGUGGCCCUGGCGACCGCCUGCGGGUGUGCCCCCUGCGGGCCCCAGGCUGGCGCGGCGGUGGCGUGCGCGCGCACGGCUGGGGGACCGCCAGCGCCGCAGGCGGGCAGCAGCGGGCGGCGCCAGGGCAGGGAGCCAGUUCGCGGCUUCAGCUUCGGGGCCGCCCAGCAGGAGGGGCUGCCCGUCGCUGCUUCCGCGGGAGGGUCGAGCAUUGUCGUGGAGGCGUUCGUCACCGUUGCGGGAGCCCAUGGCUCUAGGGGCUCAGUGACCACUCCCACGAGCAUGGAAGAGCUGCAGGAGGCCGUGCCUGUGUCCUUUGUGCCAUCCUUGCUGCCCAUAGCGUUCGCAGACCACCUCCUCCGGGUCUUCAUGGAUGAGGCGCGGAGCUGGCACACUUCGAAGCGCUGGUUGUACGACAAGGAGAUCGAGAGUCACCGCUUGCAGUCUGGCUUCGGCUUUGAGCGUGGCGGGAAGCAGGGGUUCAGCCGACGUUGGGAGGCAGCAGGCUUCGGCGACGACCUGCGUCACCUCCGCGCCGUGAUCGCCCGCGCGACUCAGCGGGAGCGUGCCCUGCUGCGUGAGGCUUGGCGGCCGAGGCAGGGUUACCCUGCAGGAGCCUCCGCGGCAGUCGCCACGGCGGGACAAGCUGCGGGCCAGGGCGUGGAGAGGCCCGUGGAGGGCUUACGGCCGCUCAGCGCGAGCGAGCUGGCGCAGGAGACCGUGAAGCUGGCCAGCCGCGGGCAGCGCCUCUGCGCCGAGAGCGCCGAGUGGCUCGUGCGGUACGCUCACGAGACUCUCCGCGAGAAGGGGCACCGCUGGGAGCCCAACUACGCGGUCGGCAACCUCUACGUCGACGCAGGCGACUUCCUGGGUGCCCACAGCGAUCCUGUCGAGUCGAUAGGCCCGUGGGCGAUCGUCGGCUCCUUCACACUCGGGGCUGCGCGGCAGUUCCGAAUGAAGCCGGUCGGCACGGUGCGCGCGAAGGGCCCUGGCGGUGGCCGAGUUACAUCGUACAGCAUCCGGCUCCCACACAACAGCCUCCUGAUCUGUUGGGAGGGCUUCCAAGAAUUCUGGCGCCACGAGGUGCCGAAGGACAAGGGGCUGUCCGCCCACCCCAUCGCUGGCCCAGCGCGCCUCAAUUUCACGUUCCGCAAGACGGUAUUCUCCGUGGCCCGCCGGCGGCCGCUGUGCCAUUGCGGGCGCAAGGCGCGCCUGAAGCCCGUCCUGAAGGAGUCGUCCCGCCACCGCGGGCGCUACUUCUGGGCGUGCAACAGCCCGCGGGCGCGGCCUGGGGAGUACUCCACCUGCGACUUCUUCAAGUGGGACGACGAGCUGCUCUCGGAGCAGGCUGCGGGCCUGGGCGGCGCCGCGUGCGCCGGCCGAGCGCCCGUCGCGCGGCGGCCCGAGGGCCCCGCCGGCGGCCCCGCGCGGGCCCCCGCCGCCGCGGUGGCCUCCGGCAUGCCGCCGCGCCGGCCCUCCGCCGCGCAGCGGGCGGCGCAGCACGCGGCGGGCCCGGGGGGCGCCGCGUGCGCGCCUCCGCCGCGGGCGCCCGCUGCGCUGCGGCCGCCGGCAGGCCUCGCUGUCGGCCCGGGAGGCGCCGCCGCCGCCGCCGCGGUGACCUCCAGCGUGCCAGCGCGCGGGCUCUGACGGCCGCUCGCGGCGCCUGGCUCCGGCGUGGUCGGCGAUCGAGCAGCGGCAUUGUUGCCAAGUCUGAGACAGGGAGGAAGCUUCGAAACGCUUCUUAGGUUGAUCGCCGCCGCGCCAGAGGCUGCGUCGGGCCACUGGGGGAGCUCCAGGGGGAGCCGAGCUGCAUCGGGCGCGGGGCGCCGACCC